CACAUUCUACGAGCGUAGAGAACACGACACGAGACAAGAAGGAAGGAUAUAUACAUUUUUCUCCCCUUGUUCUGUUUUUUCUUGAAUCUUUUCCAUAAACGAAAAGAAGGAAUCAGGCAAUAACAAAGAUCGUGAUUAAAAAGAAUAAUUAAGAACUGAUUUUAAUCAGGAUAUUGAAAAUGGCUGCGACUAGUACGAGGAUGUCUUUGGGAUUGUUGAUGGUGAUGGUGUUGGUUUCUAUAUUCUCCCGACCAUCGUACGGCUUACGGAAGUUGGCCGGCGGGAGGUCGGAAGUGCAGGACGUCGAAUCCAACAGAGAACUCCAAGAACUCGGGAGGUACUGCGUGCAAGAGUUCAAUCUGAGAGAAGAAAGAGAGCACGAGAAGGGAAGAGGGUCGACGAGUGAAGAAGCAGCAGUGUUCGAUCCGUUGAUGUUCAGUAGAGUGGUGGAGGCUCAAGAGCAGGUGGUUUCGGGCAUAAAGUACUUCCUCAAGAUCGAAGUAACAUUGUCCGACCGUACGACCAGAAUGUUCACCUCCGUUGUCGUCAUCAAACCUUGGCUUCAGUCGAGGGAACUACUCGAUUUCUCUCCCGUCACUAACCCUCUCUUCUCUUAUUAUUCUCCAUGAUGCGUCUUAUACUCCAU